AUGGAUAUGAAACAAGCUGUGAUUGAUGCUGGUGUUUUCCCUCGUUUGUUCGAGCUUUUAUUAGAUCGUGCAUCAUAUAUUUCGUCUCCUGCCCUGCGCAUCGUUGGUAAUAUUAUUUCAUAUGUAGACGAUACCCAGAUUCAGGCUGUGAUUGAGGCUGGUAUUAUUUCACCUCUUCUCCCACUGCUUCAAGAUGCUAAUCAUUUUGAUGCUGCUGCUGAGGUUAUCUAUAAUGUCACGACUAAGGGAACUAAUGAGCAAAUCAGGUUCCUGGUGGACAAGGGUUGUAUAGAGCCAAUCUGCGAUCUUCUAGUUAAUCCCAACGAAGUGCAUGUCAUAAAAAUUUGCUUGGAAGGCCUUGAGAACAUUCUGAAGGUUGGAGAAGCUGAGAAGAACCAAGGUAACACCGAAGAUGUGAAUGUCUUUGCUCAGAUGAUUGUUGACGCUCGGGGCCUAGAGAAGAUUAAGAACCUCCAGACUCAUGACAACAGUAAAAUAUGUGAACAGGCCAGGAAGAUACUUGAAGCAUAUUGGUAG